AUGUCAGCAAAGUCGCGAUUUACGAGGCUAGAUGCCUUCGCCAAGACGGUUGAAGAUGCUCGCAUUCGCACGAAAUCCGGAGGUGUCAUUACAAUUGCAUCGUUGUUGAUUGUUAUGUGGCUGGUAUGGGGUGAAUGGGCCGACUACAGACGAGUUGUUGUGUUGCCGGAGCUUGUUGUCGAUAAAUCGCGAGGAGAGCGAAUGGAGAUCCAUUUAAACAUGACCUUCCCUCGGCUGCCAUGCGAACUCUUGACCCUGGACGUGAUGGAUGUCUCUGGUGAGCAGCAGGUCGGUGUGGCCCACGGCGUGAACAAAGUCCGCCUAAGUCCACGCAACGAAGGAGGCAAGGUGAUUGAUGUCCAAGCUUUGGACCUACACUCCCCAUCAGAAGCUGCAAAGCACUUAGACCCCGAAUACUGUGGCGAAUGUGGCGGAGCAACGCCUCCCCCCAAUGUGAUCAAACCGGGAUGCUGUACUACUUGCGAGGAAGUGCGCCAAGCUUACGCCGAGAAGCAAUGGGCUUUUGGCGACGGCAGCAACAUCGAGCAGUGUACGCGUGAAGGCUAUGCCGAGAGACUCGCCGAGCAGCGCCGCGAAGGUUGCCGGAUUGAGGGUGUGCUAAAGGUCAACAAGGUGAUUGGCAACUUCCACAUUGCACCAGGCCGCAGUUUCACCACUGGCAACAUGCACGUCCACGAUCUGGACACCUAUAUCGACCCUAACGCGGGCCCGGCUGAGCAGCACACGAUGUCCCACUUGGUCCAUGAGCUUCGCUUUGGACCCCAGCUCCCCGCUGAGCUUGCUGGCCGCUGGGGGUGGACCGACCACCACCACACCAACCCGCUUGACGACACCAAACAGGAAACCGACGAGCCCGCCUACAACUUCCUGUACUUUGUCAAGGUUGUCUCGACAUCUUACUUGCCUCUAGGCUGGGACCCUCAAUUCUCGACCGCCAUCCACAACGCCUACGAUAAGGCGCCUCUUGGCUACCAUGGCCUCGCCUACGGUACUCAGGGUAGUAUCGAGGCUCACCAAUAUUCGGUAACCUCGCACAAGCGUCCUCUUUCUGGUGGAAAUGAUGCCGCGGAAGGCCACAAGGAGCGCGUGCAUGCCGGUGGCGGCAUUCCAGGCGUCUUCUUUAACUACGAUAUCUCCCCGAUGAAGGUUGUCAACCGCGAAGCUCGUCCGAAGACCUUCACUAACUUCCUUACCGGUGUCUGUGCUAUCAUCGGUGGUACUUUGACUGUUGCCGCUGCUUUGGACCGCGGUGUGUAUGAAGGCGCCAUGCGCGUCAAGAAGCUGCAUUCGAGCUAG